CGCCUCAGCAUUUCAUUCAUUCAUUCCUUCAUUCAUUCAUUUCCCUGGUGCCAGGAUAGCGCACACCCCUCCAAAGAGGCCUGCAGCGCGCAGGCGCGGGCCGGGAGAGGCACGCAUCCUCCAAUCGCUGGGCGGCCUCCCGCCUCUAGGCGCCCGCCCGCUUCCCCAUGAAUGAACAUUGACGUCAAUGGGGCGGGGCGAUUCCCACGUGACCCCGCGCGCUGCUCUUUAUAAGGCGGUAGCGGCGCGGGCGCUGUCCAGCGUGCUGAAGCCUGAGCGAGCGAGUCUCCCGGAGCCGCGCGGAUCCAGCUGAGCCCAGCCCACUGGACGCCAGACCUCGACCAUCGCUCGUAUCCUAGCCACCGCUCGGAGCCGAGGCGGACGAGCCCCGAUCUUCCCCUGUCCCCACCCCGCCCCGACCCUCCUCUCCACCUCCCGCGUCGUGGCACCAGCUGUCUCCGGCAGCACUUCGGUCAUGAAAUCGCUCAGGUUGCCGGCUCCUGUCCUCCUCUGCUUCCUUCUACUGACCAAGGGGUUGGGAGCAGCGCCCCCGGGGCACCCUGAGGCUCAGCCACCUCCCCCCAGCUCUGAGCAUAAAGAGCCGGUAGCCGGGGACGCAGUGCUCGGGCCGAAGGAUGUUAGCGCCCCAGAGGUCCGAGCCGCUAGGAAUUCAGAGCCGCAGGACGAGGGAGAGCUUUUCCAGGGCGUGGAUCCCCGGGCGCUGGCCGCGGUGCUGCUGCAGGCACUCGACCGCCCGGCCUCGCCCCCAGCGCCUGGCGGCUCCCAGCAGCGGCCAGAGGAAGAAGCAGCAGAAGCUCUGCUGACCGAGACCGUGCGCAGCCAGACCCACAGUCUCCCAGCGCCAGAGACCCAGGCGCCCGCGGCCCCGCCUCGCCCUCAGACUCAGGAGAAUGGUCCCGAGGCGGCCGACCCCUCCGAGGAGCUCGAGGCGCUAGCUUCCCUGCUUCAGGAACUGCGAGAUUUCAGUCCGAGCAGUGCCAAGCGCCAGCAAGAGACGGCGGCAGCAGAGACGGAAACCCGCACGCACACGCUGACCCGAGUCAACCUGGAGAGCCCCGGGCCGGAGCGCGUGUGGCGGGCUUCCUGGGGAGAGUUCCAGGCGCGCGUCCCGGAGCGCGCGGCCCUGCCGCCGCCUGCUCCCCCGCAAUUCCAGGCGCGUAUGCCCGAGAGCGGGCCCCUUCCCGAAGCCCACCAGUUCGGGGAAGGAGUGUCCUCCCCCAAAACACACCUAGGUGAGGCACUGGCACCCUUGUCCAAGGCGUACCAAGGCCUGGGCGCUCCCUUUACCAAGGCGCGCCGGCCGGAGACCUCACUCCUGGGCGGCUCUGAGGCGGGAGAGCGCCUUCUACAGCAAGGGCUGGCGCAGGUGGAAGCCGGGCGGCGGCAGGCGGAGGCCACACGGCAGGCCGCGGCCCAGGAAGAGCGGCUGGCCGACCUCGCCUCCGACCUGCUGCUCCAGUAUUUGCUGCAGGGCGGGGCUCGGCAGCGCGGCCUGGGGGGUCGGGGUCUGCAGCAGGAGGAGGAGCGAGAGACCGAGAGGGGGCAGGAGGCGGCGGAGCAGGAGAGACGCGGCGGGGAGGAGAGGGCGGGGGAAGAGGAUGAGGAGGCGGCGGAGGCGGAGGCGGAGGCGGAGGAGGCGGAGAGGGCGCGACAGAACGCUCUACUGUUCGCCGAGGAGGAGGACGGAGAAGCCGGAGCCGAAGACAAGCGCUCCCAGGAGGAGACGCCCGGCCACCGACGAAAGGAGGCCGAGGGGGCAGAGGAGGGCGGGGAGGAGGACGACGACGACGAAGAGAUGGACCCGCAGACAAUCGAUAGCCUCAUUGAGCUGUCCACCAAACUCCACCUGCCAGCGGACGACGUGGUCAGCAUCAUCGAGGAGGUGGAAGAGAAGCGGAAGCGGAAGAAGAACGCCCCUCCCGAGCCUGUGCCGCCCCCCCGGGCCGCCCCCGUCCCCACUCACGCCCGCUCCCCGCAGCCCCAGCCCCUCUCCCCAGCCCCGGCUCGGGACGAGCUGCCCGACUGGAACGAGGUGCUCCCGCCCUGGGAUCGGGAGGAGGACGAGGUGUUUCCCCCGGGGCCCUACCACCCUUUUCCCAACUACAUCCGGCCGCGAACACUGCAGCCACCCGCUGCCUCGCGCCGCCGCCACUACCACCACGCCCUGCCGCCUUCGAGCCACUAUCCCGACAGGGAGGCCCAGGCGCGGCGCGCUCAGGAGCAGGCGGAGGCAGAGGAGCGCCGGCUGCAGGAGCAGGAAGAGCUGGAGAAUUACAUCGAGCACGUGCUGCUCAGGCGCCCGUGACCGGCCCCGCCCCCGCGCGCCACCGCGCGCGCCGCCACCCCCCUCCGUGUCGCUCCUUUCCCCUCUCAGUGUUUGCAUGCGCCCGGCCCCGCCCUCGGCCGCCGCCCAGCCCCGCCCCCGUCCACCCCUCCGCCCGCGGGCCGCCCCGCCCCCGGGCUACGCCGGGACCUGUCAGACCUCUUCGUGCGUCGGAAGCCCGAAAUCCCAAACUCACUCACGGGUGUCUCGGGGCCAGCAGGGGGGGGCGGGUAGUUUGUGCGAGUUCCCUGCCCCCGCGGGGCCCAGUCCCCACCUAGUCCCUCUCGGGAUGUCCCGGUCUGAAACCGGAAAAAGGAUUUCCAGUUAACUGUGUGAAGAAGUGUCUGUCUCCCGCCCUUUGGGCCUCCCAAGAGCCUCUCCACCCUCUCCGGAUCGCUGUGAAUUUACCCCUUCUUUCCCUACUCUGUUGUAAAUACCCCUCACGGAGGAAAUAGUUUUGCUAAGAAAUAAAAGUGACUAUUUUAUUAGGACUUUGUUCUCGGUUAUUCACCCGUCCCCUUGGGCCUGCGUGGUCCUUCCCAAGGGGCGGUGAGGGAAGCGCCAUCCACAACACCCAUCUCCUGCUCAACAGCGAAGGUUGAGUGACAG